CUUUUUACCGGUAUAUUAGCGCGCGAAAACAGAGCAAAGGUUAUGAUAAGCUUAAGCGCGUUAAUACACGCGCCAGCUCCCUGUUUUAUCUCCACUACUCAACGCUCCACUUCGUCCCCCGACCCGACCACCGUACGCUCCUCCUCAAUGGCAGCCUCCGCCCGAAUAGCAGUCGUUGGAGACGUUCAUGAUGAUUGGAAUCUUGAAGAAGAUUCAAAAGCACUUCAACUUUUACAGCCAGAUCUGGUGCUCUUCACAGGUGACUUUGGUAAUGAGAAUGUGGAACUCGUCCAAAGCAUUGCGGAUCUUAAUUUACCUAAAGUAGUUAUCUUAGGAAACCACGAUUCAUGGAAGACUCAACAUUUUUCAGGAAAGAGGAAGGAUGGUGUUCAACGUCAGCUGGAAUGUCUUGGCGAAGAGCAUGUAGCUUACAAGAGAUUAGAUUUCCCUACACUAAAACUCAGUGUAGUUGGUGGACGGCCAUUUUCUUGUGGUGGUGAGCAGAUAUUCCGGAGAAGUCUUCUCUCUGCAAGAUAUGGAGUCCUAGACAUGGAUGGAAGUGCUGAUAGAAUCUAUAAUGCUGCUUUGGGCACUCCAGAAGACCAUAUGGUUAUAUUUCUUGCACAUAAUGGACCAACAGGCCUUGGUUCUAACUUGAAUGACAUAUGCGGGAAAGAUUGGGUAUUUGGAGGUGGUGACCAUGGUGAUCCAGAUCUAGCACAAGCCAUAUCCCAUCUAAAAGAGACUACCAAGAUCAGUAUUCCCCUGGUUGUGUUUGGUCACAUGCAUAAAGAGCUAGCAUAUGGAAAUGGUCUUCGGAAAAUGAUUGUGGUUGGUGCUGACAAGACUAUAUACCUGAAUGGGGCCAUCGUUCCUCGAGUUCGAAGAUUAGUUGCUGAACAAGGAACUGACAACACAAACUUUAUGAAUAACGAAACUUCAGUGUUUUCCCCAGGGUCUAGAGGCACAAUGCGAGCAUUCACUUUAGUGGAGAUUCUGGAAGGGAGAGUGGAUAAAAUUGCAGAGACCUGGGUUUCUGUUAUUGAAGAUGAGACUGCUAUAGGAGAGGAGCAUGUAUUAUUUCAACGUGGCAAUUAGCUUUGUCCGUAAUUGAAUGUUACAAAAUAGUUCCACUUAGCGCUUGUGAAUUGUUGUCUGUUGCUCCCUGGCAGGAUAGAUAAUGCCUUUUGUCACUGACACUCUGAAUAAUCUGAUGGAGUAAAUGUAUUUCUGCA